UAUAAAUAGCCCAAGGAAUUUAUCUACACGAUUCCCAUCAGUCAGUCUGUAUAGCUGAUAUCGAGCACUUCGGUCUACGUUUACAAAUAAAAAAUAUUUUAAAUUCAAAAAAUAUUUACAAAACAUGAACAAUCAAGCACCAGGUGUUACUUUAAUCCAGCAAAAUAUAAAUUAUGGCUCGGAAUCAAUGCGAAUAAAUUGUCCACAUUGUCACGCAGAUAUUUCAACAAAAGUUGAAACUGAAGCAAACACUAAAACGCAUCUAAUUGCUCUAUUACUAUGUAUUUUCCAAUGUUGGAUUUGCUUACCAUGUGUUUAUUGCAAUGACAGUUGUCUGGUUAAAAAACACACCUGCCCUUCUUGUAAUCAGUACCUUGGAACCUGUGAAAAUUAAAAAAAAAACAUAUUUAUCAUUCAGCUUCAUCUACGCUUCACUGUAAUAAGUAUCUGUAAUAAA